AUGGCCUCCCGGCGCCUAGCAUUCAACCUUAACCAGGCUCUCCGGAGCCGGGCUGCCUUGAAGGCUGUCCAGCCCGUGAAGCGUGGCUUUGCGUCCCCCGUCAAGCUGCCCUCCACCACCCAGUCCACCACCCUCUCGAACGGCUUCACGAUCGCCACUGAGCACUCCCCUUGGGCGCAGACCUCGACCGUUGGUGUCUGGAUCGAUGCCGGUAGCCGGGCAGAGACUGACAAGACCAACGGAACCGCACACUUCCUGGAGCACCUUGCUUUCAAGGGCACCAACAAGCGCACCCAGCACCAAUUGGAGUUGGAGAUCGAGAACAUGGGCGGUCACCUCAACGCUUACACUUCGCGCGAGAACACCGUUUACUACGCCAAGUCCUUCAACAACGAUGUCCCCAAGACCGUUGACAUCCUCUCCGAUAUCCUCCAGAACUCCAAGCUCGAGCCCGGUGCCAUUGAGCGCGAGCGUGAUGUGAUCCUCCGCGAGCAGGAGGAGGUUGACAAGCAGCUGGAGGAGGUUGUCUUCGACCACCUGCACGCCACUGCUUACCAGAACCAGCCCCUCGGUCGUACGAUCCUCGGCCCCAAGGAGAACAUCCAGACCAUCUCCCGGGACAACCUGGUCGACUACAUCAAGACCAACUACACCGCCGACCGUAUGGUCCUGGUCGGUGCCGGUGGAAUCCCCCACGAGCAGCUCGUCCGCCUCGCCGAGGAGCACUUCGGCAGCCUCCCCAGCCAGGCCCCUACCUCUGCGGCUCAGGCUCUCACCGCUGAGCAGAAGCGUGUCCCCGAGUUCAUCGGCUCCGAGGUCCGUCUCCGUGACGACACCCUGCCUUCUGCCCACAUCGCCCUCGCCGUUGAGGGUGUCAGCUGGAAGGACGACGACUACUUCACCGGUCUCGUCGCCCAGGCCAUCGUCGGUAACUGGGACCGUGCCAUGGGCAACUCCCCCUACCUCGGCAGCAAGCUCAGCUCCACCGUUGAGCACCAGGGUCUGGCCAACAGCUUCAUGAGUUUCUCGACCAGCUACAGCGACACUGGUCUCUGGGGUAUCUACCUGGUCUCCGAGAACCUCACCCGCCUCGACGACCUGAUCCACUUCACCCUCCGUGAGUGGUCUCGCAUGUGCUUCAACGUCACCGCCGCCGAGGUCGAGCGCGCCAAGGCCCAGCUGAAGGCCUCCAUCCUCCUCUCCCUGGACGGCACCACCGCCGUUGCCGAGGACAUCGGUCGCCAGAUCAUCACCACCGGCCGCCGCCUGUCCGCCGAGGACAUCGAGCGCACGAUCGGCCAGAUCACCGAGAAGGACGUCAUGGAGUUCGCCAUGCGCCGCAUCUGGGAUCAGGACGUCGCCCUGAGCGCCGUCGGUAGCGUCGAGGGUAUCCUCGACUACCAGCGUAUCCGUGCGGACAUGAGCCGAAACACCCUGUAA